AUGUGGCUGAGGCGAAAAUGGACAAGUUACUACACAGAAUGGCUGGAUUGGCAAAAUAUUAAAUUGAGAAUAUCAAAUGUAAAAGCUAGAAGGAAAGCUCUAUCAUCUGACGGUAGGUGUUGGUUCAAAGAUUCAACAAGCUGGGCUGAAUAUGGUCAUAUGCGGUUCGCUAAUUGUUGUGACACUCUUGUGUGCAGCAACAGCAAGUGCAUGUAUCAAAGUCAGUAUGGGAUUGUGAACAAGAUGCAGUUCAGCAAAGGAAAGUGCACAGCCUGCGAAGUAACUGCAGCAUCUGUUGCUUGUUGUGCUAGAUGUUACAUUUUUGUCAAAAGACAAAAACUAAGAGUGUUUCACUGUGGUGACCACACUUGUCCAGUGUAUACCAAAUCAGAAAGGCCAGUUGCCAAUGAAAGGGAUGUCCUCAAAAAAGGUCCAACCUUAAAGCCUUCACAAGUUCAGUCAGCUCUGCUUUUUUCAUUGUUGUGGGAAGGAGAAUUGUGGGACAAGAUCGACAAAGAGGCAAGUAAACUAAAAAAUGGUUACAGUGAUGUUCACCUACAGCUUGAUCCACCCUGUAAAUGGAUUUCAAACCAGAAGCAGGCAGUUAGAACUCAAUCCCCAGGGAGAAAACUUUGA